AUGUCGACACUCGAGGAUCUUGACGACUUGGAGCGCGAGGAGAAGAAGGAGGACAAGAAGGAAAAGGAUAGCAAGAAAGGCGGCGAUGCGGAAAUGAAAGAUGCAGAUGGCGCUGAGAAGGAAGAUGAGGAGAUGGAGGAGGAGGAAUCACUCAUCGAUCCCGAGAUUCUCAACUCAAGCACACGUGAUGUUGUCGCACGGCGGAGGUUAAUAGAGAAUGACACGCGCAUCAUGAAGAGCGAGUACAAUCGUCUCCUGCACGAGAAGCAGGCGAUGCAGGAGAAAAUCAAGGACAACGUCGAGAAGAUUGACAACAACAGACAACUGCCAUAUCUCGUUGGAAACGUUGUGGAAAUCCUAGAUUUGGAUGUCACAGCGGAGGCGGCGGAAGAGGGCGCCAACAUCGACCUAGACGCCACACGAGUCGGCAAAUCCGCCGUCAUCAAGACUUCCACUCGGCAAACAAUCUUCUUACCGCUUAUUGGUCUCGUCGAUCACGAGAAGCUAAAGCCCGGUGAUCUCAUCGGCGUCAACAAAGACUCAUACCUCAUCCUCGACACACUACCUGCAGAGUAUGACAGCAGAGUCAAGGCCAUGGAGGUUGACGAGAAGCCGACCGAGAAGUACACUGAUGUUGGUGGACUGGACAAACAAAUUGAGGAGCUCGUCGAGGCUGUGGUUUGGCCGAUGCAGGAAGCUGAGCGAUUCAAGAAGAUUGGAAUCAAGGCACCAAAGGGUGCAUUGAUGUACGGUCCCCCUGGUACUGGAAAGACUUUGCUCGCACGUGCGUGUGCUGCUCAGACAAACGCCACCUUCCUUAAACUCGCCGGACCUCAGCUCGUACAGAUGUUCAUCGGUGACGGUGCGAAGCUUGUCCGUGACUGCUUCGCCCUCGCGAAAGAGAAGGCACCCUCAAUCAUCUUCAUCGAUGAGCUUGAUGCUGUGGGCACAAAGCGUUUCGACAGCGACAAGAGUGGAGAUCGUGAAGUGCAAAGAACCAUGUUGGAACUGCUCAACCAGCUUGAUGGUUUCGCCUCAGAUGAGCGUAUCAAGGUCCUAGCAGCUACCAACCGUGUGGAUGUACUGGAUCCCGCGUUGCUACGAUCUGGUCGUCUCGAUCGAAAGAUUGAAUUCCCUCUUCCCAACGAGGAGGCUCGUGCGCAGAUCCUACAAAUUCACAGCCGCAAGAUGACUGUCGAUGAGGGCGUCAACUGGCCUGAACUUGCGCGCAGCACGGACGAGUUCGGUGGUGCUAUGCUCAAGGCUGUCUGUGUCGAGGCUGGUAUGAUUGCGCUGCGGGGUGGACGAAGCAAGAUCAGCCACGAGCACUACGUGGAUGCUAUUUCGGAAGUGCAGGCCAAGAAGAAGGACACCGUCAACUUCUACGCAUAAGCAUUACGUUGUAUGCUUCGUUCAUGGCCAAUAAUGCCGCACACCUACGCAUUUAUCUCAAAGGCAUAGGACGUAUUAGAUGUGAACGGACAUGCAGCACCUCCAUGAUCACGGGUAUUACGAACGUAGAUGAGACUCUAGCAUAACGGCCAAACGUACAACGUGCAUGUCGGCAAUUUCUCCGAGUCUUUCGUUCACGAACGUUCACUGUUCUUUGUGACUUCUACUCCAUGUUGCAUGCGAUUCUGCUUCGUGUCUUCCGCGUGAUCUCCACACUCGACAUUGUUCGCUGGCGAAAGCAAUGAGCCCACGAGGUCUAAAUCGUCCUUGAGUGCUAUGAAUCUUCCAACCAUCCACUGCAUCCAAUAGCUGUGCAUAUCAUGUUACAGUACAUGCAAGGUACAGAUCUGUGAAAUUCCC